GAGCGCUGCUCGAAGCCACUGGCGAGCAGCGACCUCUCCCCUUCCCGUUUCGAGCAGCGCGGGACGACGACCCCCAAGCAACCGCCGGCGGUGCUGUUCUCCCUCGGAAACCUGAGGUCCUCUCUCUUGUUUCCUCCCCUCGGAAACGAGGGGCGAUCUUCCGGCUCUUUUUCAUUUUUCUUCCGAUCUCUCUGUCGCUCGCUCGUGCUAUCCGUAUGGUGGCAGUGACGUCACUGAGACCGGAUCGUUGUGUUGGAGUGGGCUGAUUUUUCAAUCCGAUUUGUCGGGUCUCUCAAUCGGUAAACAAGUGCAGACUGGAUUGAUUCGGAUUUUCCCCAUUGCGUACCUCCUUUUUAUCGCCUCCUUGGUUAAGGAAGUGGUUUGGUGAAAGUGAAUAAUAUUUUACAUAGCUGUCUCAAUUGUAAGAACAAUGCCCACUUCUUUGGCCCAAUUUGCUAUUUUUCCAGUCAAGGACGUCAGAAGGAUCAAUAGUCAGCUUCAGUGCUUGAGGAGGGAUAAUAGGGCGAUGUUGCAAUUUCACUUCUUUGCGGGCUUACAAAAGGAAGCUAGCUUAAGUUUUUUGUCAAGACCUCUGCAUGAUUUUCAUUCUUCUGCUUCAGGAUACUGCUUUAUCCCACAUGGAAAAGCUAGUCUGGAAGUCAGUGUGUUUGAACUUUUAACAGAGCAAGCAGUUAAGCUUAUCACUAUUGCACAAGAAAAAGCAAAAGGGCUGGGCCAUGCAUUUGUCGAGCCAGAACAUAUUUUGUUGGCUCUUACGGGUGACAAAGAUAGUAUUGUGACAAAUGAUUUUAAAUUGAUGAGAAUCACCACAAAACAUGUCGAUCAACAAGAUAUUACUCUAAGUGAAAGUGAAUUUGUUACUGAGAUAUCUUUUUCACCACGUGCAAAACAUGUUCUAGAACUUUCAUUGAAAGAAGCUCAUAAACAUGGUCAUAACUAUAUAGGAAUGACACACCUGCUUAUUGGGUUACUUUGUGAGAGUGGAAGUGCAAGUAUUUCUGAACUGGAGAAUCUCAGAGUUGAUCCAGGCAUCAUAAAUAAGGCUGAUCAACCUGAAAGAGAUAAGGAGCUAUGGGACAAGAUAAUUGCUCUAAUUGAUAAGGCCAACAAGAGGAGAACAGUAGAAAGUGAGGCAAGUGCUUCAAAUCUAGUAGUAGCAAAAGGGAACGUGGAACACAUUGUGUCUUCCUCAACAAAAGCCCCUGUGGAAAAUGCUUUAUUUGAUGGAUCUAGCCUCCCCGUGAUGGACAAGAAUAUUGGUAACCAUGUUAUUCCUCAGGAUGAAACUAUAAAAGACAAUAGCAAUGUGAUACAACUAAAAAACCAUCCUUCUCCCUUUAUUAAAAUCCCAUCGUGGGCCUCCUUGCAUCCAUCCCCCUCCAGCUUGUCAUCCAUGCCAGGUCAACACCAAAAUGGCCGCCUUGAGAGUGUCCACCUUCUUUCCCUUGCCAACCAUGGUAGAUUCAAUGAAGCUCGAGAGUUCCUAGAUUUCAUGGACUCUUCUGGCAUCAGUAUAAAACGGCAUGUGUACCAAUCUCUCUUUACAGCCUGUGGCAUCUCGAAAUCCAUAAAUGAUGGAAGAUUCUUCCACAAUCACAUGAUGAAGAAAAUUGGAAGUAAAGACCUUAAUACAUCUAUUGCUGAUUGCCUCCUUAAGAUGUAUGUUCGUUGUUUAGGCUUUGAUGAUGCUUAUAGAGUUUUCCAUAAAAUGUCUAAUAAGAUGUUGAGUAGUUGGAACAUCAUGAUUUCUGGUUUUGUUCACAAUGGACACCUUCAAGAGGCUCUUGAUCUUUUCUUGAGGAUGAAAGACGAGGGCUUUGACCCAGAUAUGAAAAUUUUUGCUUGCUUGCUGCAUGGGUGCACAAUAGAUUUGAAUGUUGAUAUUGGCAAGCAGAUCCACUCUUACAUGGUUAAAAUUGGGUUUUCAAAUGAUAUAUCUAUUGAUACAGAGCUUGUUAAUAUGUAUGCAAAAUGUGGGUACUUGGAUAGUUCUGCUCUUGUUCUGGAUCACAUGGUGGAGAGGAAUGCCACAUCUUGGACAAGUCUCAUGGUUGGAUAUACCCAGGCUAGUCGACAAUUUGAAGCACUGGUUUUGUUUAAGCAUAUGAUGUUGGAAAACACAGAGUUGGAUCCAUUUGUGUUCUCAAUUGUCCUCAAGGCAUGCUCUGAGUCGGGAAAUUGGAAGGCAGGGAAGCAGAUUCAUGGUUGCAUCAUUAAACUAGGAAUGGAUUCUGAUGUUUCAGCAGGAACACCUAUUGUUGACUUCUAUGUCAAUGAUGGCAAUAUUCUCGAAGCUCAAAAUGCUUUUGAUAGGAUCUCUCAACCCAAUGAGGUUGCAUGGAGUGCAAUUAUUGCUGGUUACUCACAAUUGGGUAGACAUGAGGAGUGCUUCCGGAUGUUCAAAUUCUUGAGGAGUAGAAACAUUACAUUGAACUCUUUCAUAUAUUCUAGCCUUUUUCAAGCUUCUUCAGCAUUAACUGAUUCAAGUUCUGGUAGUCAAUUGCAUGCUGAUGCAAUAAAGAGAUGUCUCAUUUCCAAUCUUGUUGGUGACAGUGCUUUGGUCACUAUGUAUGCAAGAUGUGGUGACAUGCGAUAUGCACAGAAAGCAUUUGAAUUGAUAGCAGAACCAGAUACUGUUGCUUGGACAGCUAUCAUUACAGGUUGCUCUUAUCAUGGUCAGGCUUCAGAAGCUUUGGAUUUUUUUGAUAUGAUGAUAAGUUGUAAUGUUAAGCCGAAUGCCAUCACAUUUAUUGGUCUUCUGAAUGCCUGUAGUCACACUGGUUUGGUUUCUUUAGCAAAAGAAUAUUUAGAUUCAAUGUAUGUGGGUUAUGGUGUUGAAGCUACUGUUGAUCACUACAACUGUAUGGUGGAUGUUUACUGUCGUGCUGGCCAACUGGAGGCUGCAUAUGAGUUGAUCAGCUCUGGUUCCUUCAAACCUGAUUCUAUGAGUUGGAAGAUUUUGUUGAGUGGGUGCACCACCUACCGAAACAUGGUCCUUGGUAAGAUUGCAGGUGAGAAUCUUCUUAGACUUGAUCCCAAUGAUACUGCUGCUUAUAUCCUCAUAUUCAACAUGUACACUGGAGCUGGAAGAUGGGAAGAGGCAGCCUUUGUUAGAAAAAUGAUGAAUGAAAGAGGAAUUAGAAAGGAAGUUAGUUGCAGUUGGAUAACCGUUAGGGGUACCAUUCAUAGAUUUAUUGUGGGUGAUAAACACCACCCCUUGACUAAACAUAUUUAUUUCAAACUGCAUGAGUUGGAGAGAUUAGUAAUGCUUUCUGAAUCUCAGGUUUCCACUAAUGAAGACGUCAGUAUCAUACACAAGCAGCGAAUGGAGCAACUUCUUGACCAUAGUGAGAGGCUUGCAAUUGCCUUUGGGCUUAUGUCAUUACCUACACGCUGUCCAAUUACAGUUUUUAAGAAUCUUCGUGUUUGUAAUGAUUGUCAUUCUUUUACAAAGAUGGUUUCUAAAGUAACUGGACGUGAGAUAAUCGUAAGAGAUUCAAAUCGAUUCCAUCAUUUCAGAGGUGGAAGGUGUUCAUGUGAUGACUAUUGGUGACUAGGGUGCAAAUUUUCCUUCCAGAGUCAUCAGAAUCUAUUUAGUACUAAAACAACCUUCUGAAAUCAAGUUUUCAUCCAGUUGAAAAGAAUCAGCCAUUCAGAAAAUAAAGAUCCUAAUUCAUCAACUGAAUGUAAAAAAUGAUGUCUACUUUUCUUAAAUUAUUCAGCCAGAUGAAGAGCAAGAUUCCCAACCGUGGCUAGACAGUUCUUCCUCUUGGAAAAUAGUGGAUGUCUGGAAUUCCUUGAUUCUCUGUUUUCAUCAUUGUUAUAUUUAAGUUUUGGAGCUUGUAAGCACUAAAUUGGUGGACGCAUGCUCUCGGGAAAAAAAUCCCUCCUAACCCCUAGCCAACUUAGUGGUUGGCUAUACAGAUCAUUAUUUUUUUAAUGGCAAGAUUCAUAUUGCUGAUAAUCCCAAUUUUUGUUAUUUGUUAAUAGUUCUGGAGCUUGUAAGCACUAAAUUGGUGGACGCAUGCUCUCGGGAAAAAAAAUCUCUUCCAACCCCUAGCCAACUUAGUGGUUGGUUAUAAGAUGAUCUCGUGAUUUAUCUUAUUUCAUGUAACCUGAGGACGAGCUCUUAGGGGCGCUAGGAUGAAUAUAAUCAUCUUUUAAUGGAGCUUGUAAGCACUAGAAAAACAUAUCAAAGUCUACCAGUGGUCUUUGAAAUUGCCUUUGCAUCUGUUGUAAUGAACAAUUAUUCCUUGGUAAGCUGACUACAUGAUCACAUGCCAAUACCAAAAGAGUGUUGCUCAUCGAGAAUAUUUGCUUUUCCUGGUGUUAGUGUGCUAUUUUAUUUGUCAUUAUCUGCUCUUUUGGGCGUAUCUACCUUUUAGAUGAAUUGCUCUUAGAAAUGAUGCUUGAUGCUCCUCUCUGUAAGCUUCCCAAAUGUGAUCUCUUCUAUAGUUUAGUUGCAGAGUUGAGUUAAAUGAUGAGACAAUAUUAUCAGGAUGAUGAAUCUAAUGGCAAUUUUCUAGAGUCGCAGGAGGUUGUUUUUCCCUCUGAUAUUGACUUAAAGACCAUUAAUCAAGAAAGUAUAUAUUGUGUAUCUUUAAUCUUUUGCUAUGGCUGCCAGUUCCAUCAUCAGCAUAAUCUUAUUCAUCAAAAUACAUCUCCACUGAUGCAAAUUCCAGUGUCACGACAUUAUCAUAACUUAAUGGUUUUGACUUUUGACACUGCAAAUGGCUACGCUAUCUUAUUCAGGCACUGGCAAAAUAUUCAGUCAUUGAUCUACCUUGAUGUUUUCAUUCUUGAUAUCAUCUUUAGUAUUCUCAGUUGAACAUAGUUCUCUAUUUCAAUAGUUAUAUUCUGCUUCUAUUUUCACAAAUGAGCAUAAAGAAGAGGCCUCUUAGUUCUAAUAUCCAAUAGUAAACUGAUUAGCUG